AUGGCAGCAGCAGCCGAGGCCACGAACUGCAUCAUGGAGAGUUUUGUGGCCACCUUGGCUAAUGGGAUGAGCCUCCAGCCUCCACUUGAAGAAGUGUCCUGCACACAGCCCGAGAGCAGUGAGAAGCCCAAUGCUGAGGACAUGACGUCCAAGGAUUAUUACUUUGACUCCUACGCUCACUUUGGCAUCCAUGAGGAGAUGCUCAAGGAUGAGGUGCGGACGCUCACUUACCGCAAUUCUAUGUUCCGCAACCGACACCUGUUCAAGGACAAGGUGGUGCUGGAUGUCAGCUCGGGCACUGGCAUCCUCUGCAUGUUUGCGGCCAAGGCUGGGGCCCGGAAGGUCAUUGGGAUUGAGUGCUCUAACAUCUCUGACUACGCUGUCAAGAUCGUCAAGGCCAACAAACUUGACCACGUGGUGACCAUCAUCAAAGGCAAGGUAGAGGAGGUGGAGCUGCCUGUGGACAAGGUGGAUGUGAUCAUCAGCGAGUGGAUGGGUUACUGCCUCUUCUGUGAAUCCAUGCUCAAUGCUGUCUUACAUGCCCAAGACAAGUGGCUGGCUCCCGAUGUCUUCAUCUUCCCUGACCAGGCAACACUAUAUGUGACCGCCAUUGAGGACUGGCAGUAUAAAAACUACAAGAUUCACUGGUGGGAGAACGUCUACGGCUUUGAUAUGUCCUGUAUCAAGGACGUGGCCAUCAAGGAGCCUCUCGUUGAUGUGGUUGACCCCAAGCAGCUGGUGACCAAUGCCUGCCUCAUCAAGGAGGUGGACAUCUACACAGUGCAUGUGGAUGACCUGACCUUCACCUCCCCUUUCUGUCUGCAAGUGAAGAGGAAUGAUUAUGUCCACGCCCUGGUCGCCUACUUCCACAUUGAGUUCACCCGCUGCCAUAAGCGCACAGGCUUCUCCACAAGCCCUGAGUCCCCUUACACGCACUGGAAGCAAACUGUCUUCUACAUGGAGGAUUACCUCACAGUGAAGACAGGCGAGGAGGUCUUUGGCACCAUUGGCAUGCGGCCCAAUGCCAAGAACAAUCGAGACCUUGACUUUGCCAUCGACUUGGACUUCAAAGGCCAGUUGUGUGAGCUGUCCUGCUCCACUGACUACCGGAUGUGCUGAGCUGGCCC